AAUUUAAUAUCAGAUAUGGGCAUGGACUCAUGGAGUCCGCAGAUACCAGUCCGCAGUUUAUCCUGUCCGGUCCGCACUUUCAAUCGCUCCAUGUACGAAACGGUCCGCAUUUUAUCCCUAAGUCCACGAAAAAUCUGUCAAAAAAUUUUGGGCCAGUCCGCAGGUGAAAGUCCGCAGUUUCUCCUGUCCGCAGUCCGCGGUCCGCGUCCGCAUUUUAUCCUGGCCCUGUUGAUGAUCCAUGACUCUGGCCUUGGUUUAUCCCGUGUUGCAGCGUCCGCUACAGUACGCGCAAUUAAAGCAAGAAAACCGUUUCCAACCCGUGCUGCCCUUGUUCUUACUCCUAGUGCAUUGAAUCGAGUGAAACAACUUACUGAAGGCAAAGAUGAUCAUGUUGGUUUAAGGAUAGGUGUGAAGCAGCGGGGUUGCAAUGGCUUUAGUUACACUUUAGAUUUUGCAGCACAAAAAGACAAAUUUGAUGAAGAAGUACUUCAAGAUGGAGUUCGUAUUUUUGUUGACAUCAAAGCGCAACUUCAUCUUCUAGGAACAGUAAUGGAUUAUGUUGAAAAUGAACUUUCAUCAGAAUUUGUAUUCAAUAACCCCAACAUCAAGGGAACAUGUGGCUGUGGAGAAAGUUUCUCUGUGUGAUAAAAAUGAUUUGUAGAACCUUAAUUGACUGUACAUAUUUAAAGGGUUAGUACAUACAUAGAUGAUAACAGCAAUACAUAGUCAAAUACC